UAGUAAGGGAUAUGAUCAGGGUAAAGAUUCUCGGGGAAACCGCUGCUCCCCUGGCGAACCUAACCUCCUCACCAAGUGCUCAUAUAUCCUAGAAACUCCUCGUCGGCUGUCCCUCAUUCGCCGCUGCAAGCACAACCCCAGUUGUCUUCCAUGCCUCAACUCCUCUGCAGUUCAAUAGGAGCUUUAGCUCAUUGUCUCGUUGUUAAGUUAGGUUCAGGUUCAUCAAAUGUUGUGCUGAUUAAGACAGAACAGGAGUUUAAUAGCUCUCUCAAAGACGUUCAAGAUAAGUCAUUGCCUGCAGUCUACUACUUCACUGCUGUGUGGUGUGGCCCCUAUUUGUUGCAGGUAAGUUUAUAUCUCCUGUCACAACAAAACUUAGCG